GACCGACGCGCGGGCUUGCCAACGCGCCGGGAGCAGCCCGCCCGGGAGGCUCUCAGUUCCCGGGCUGUGGGUUGGCUCCACGCCGGCCUUCUUCCCCCGUCCCCGCGGCAGGAGAGAGGGCCCCGCGGCCCCGACGCGGGGGAAGCGGCCAGAGGCCCGCCUGGAGUUGGGAGCCGCGGCGCUCUCCCGCUUCCCUCAGGAGCGGGGAAGAGCAAAGGCGGGCAACAGCGGCGAGCGGGUGCUGUGCUUUCAUGGGCCGCUCCUGUACGAAGCCAAGUGUGUGAAGGUGGCCAUCAAGGACAAGCAGGUGAAAUACUUCAUCCACUACAGCGGCUGGAAUAAGAACUGGGAUGAAUGGGUUCCAGAGAGCAGAGUGCUCAAAUACGUCGACACCAAUCUGCAGAAGCAGAAAGAACUUCAAAAGGCCAAUCAGGAACAGUAUGCAGAAGGAAAGAUGAGAGGUGCUGCUCCAGGCAAGAAAACGUCUGGUCUUCAGCAGAAAAAUGUUGAAGUAUUUUUCAGACGAGAUGGAGCGCAUACAGUUUGCAGUUUGGAGACCCCUGCAAUAUCGACGCGGAAAACAAAAAAGAACAAACAGAAAAAUCCUGGAAUUGGGGAAGGCAGCAGUACCAGUGAAAACCCUCAGCCUCCCAGGAAGAAGCGGGCUCGAGUAGAUCCCACAGUUGAAAGUGAAGAAACUUUUAUGAACAGAGUUGAAGUAAAGGUGAAAAUACCAGAGGAGCUGAAACCGUGGCUUGUAGAUGAUUGGGAUCUGAUCACGCGACAAAAGCAGCUCUUCUAUCUUCCUGCCAAGAAGAACGUUGACUCCAUUUUAGAGGACUAUGCAAACUACAAGAAGUCCCGAGGAAACACCGAUAACAAAGAAUACGCUGUUAACGAAGUUGUCGCGGGCAUCAAAGAAUACUUCAAUGUAAUGCUUGGCACUCAACUGCUGUAUAAAUUUGAGAGACCACAGUACGCAGAGAUCUUAGCAGAUCACCCGGAUGCACCCAUGUCACAGGUUUAUGGAGCCCCACACCUCCUCCGGUUGUUUGUCCGAAUCGGAGCGAUGCUUGCUUACACGCCUCUUGAUGAGAAGAGCUUGGCCUUGCUUUUGAACUACUUGCAUGACUUCUUAAAGUACCUCGCAAAGAAUUCUUCCAUGUUGUUCAGUGCAAGUGACUAUGAGGUUGCACCUCCCGAAUAUCACCGGAAAGCAGUGUAAGCUUCUUGCUGUAGCGUGCGUGUCACUGGAAGGGAUCCUUGGAUUUCUGCAGCUGUUGUGCCCAGUUCUCAGUUUGUCCACUGUCCCUGUCUUGCAUACGUCUCUGCAGAGUAGACGUGAAUGUGUCAAGUGAAUAGUGAGUGUUUCUUCAGAUGGAACUGACCACCCAACUUGGAAGGACAUUAUCUUCAGUUCUGAGAUAUCUCCAAAAGGAAAGCCUUAUGGAAUACUUCAAGGAAUUGUUUGGUGUUGAAACAGAAAUGCAACAGACACUUCAUAGUUUGAGCUCCUGCAUGCUUCUUGGUCCCUUGUUCCGGAAACCAAAUAUUACUUGAACAGUGAUGGUGAUUGCUAACACACACACACACCCCUUUGGGGAAAAAAAAAACUUUGCCAACAGAGAGGGAGGACCAAACAAAGUAGAGUACUUGCUACUGGGGUGGGGCAUGUUCUGUCUACAUUCUUGGUGUUGGAUCGAUAAAGUGUGUGCUGGUUUAAGUGUAUGUGUUUUGCCUUCAUAGCAGAAGAAUUGUUGGGGAGGGGGGGUUGUUUGGACUUGAAUGCACCUUCUAACAUAGGACAAAUUCACAUCUCAUAUACCUUUCCUGAAACAUUGUUUUGUUGCGAGGGGAUGUUUGCUGAUCUCCAAAUAAACUUUUGUAUUUCAACUGUUAAAA